AUGGACAACAUCCCUGAGGGCCAGUACGCUUCAUCUGAUCCCAUAGACGCUAUUCUAUGGAUACACAUUCUCCUUCAAUCCCUCGCCUGGGGCGUGCUAUACCCCACGGGCAUGGUCUUGGGCAUCACUCGCUCGAGGUGGCAUGUACCACUCCAAUCGGUCGCGACCGUAAUGGCCAUUGUCGGAUACAUGCUCGGACAUAAGCACAAGGGUCGUCAAUUUGCGCCAGGUGUUCACGGCAGCUUCGCCCCAUGGUUGAUGUGGAUGGUCUUCGCCCAAGUUAUCCUCGGUGUCUACCUUAAGCUCCACCUCGAGAAGGGCAUCCACGGAAAGAUCAGGAGAUUCAUUGUCCCCGCUCACGGCGUUGUGGGCAAGCUCAUUCCCGUUGCCGCCUGGGCCCAGAUGCUGUUCGGCGGCAUCACUUCUCUCGGAUUUUGCCGCGGUGACCACAUGGGCCAAUGUCUGGCGCACUUCAUCAUGGGCAGCGCAUUUAUUGGCUACGGAAUUAUUAUGACCAUUCUGCUCCUGGUCGGGCAGGCGUGGUUGAAGCGUUCCGGACGGAGCCAGGAAUUCUUCGACUCGGUUAUGAUUGCGGCUUGGGGAUGCGUCAACACUUUCACAGAGCACCGCUGGGGAGGCCCUUGGGUUCACAACGACCUACAACACACUUCCAUGGGAAUCGUCUGGUGGUGUGCUGGUCUCCUUGGUAUCUGGCUGAGCAGGAGCAGGGACGGCAGGCCCAAGAGGAACCUCAUUCCUGGCAUCGUUAUUCUUCUCACUGGCUUCGCAAUGUCCGCUCACCCACAGACGCUGCCUCUGUCUACCAUGGUCCACACUGUUUUUGGCUACACCCUCAUGGCGGCCGGCCUCACCCGUAUCAUCGAAAUCUCUUUCGUCCUCAAGGACAAGAAUGGUGUCUCUGACGACGGCGCCGAGAUUAACAGCUGGCAGCACCUCCCUCCCUUCCUCCUCUACACUUCCGGCUUCCUCUUUAUGGGCGCGACUGAGGAGCAAAUGGCGCUUCUUUCCGACGCCCACGUCACCCACGUUUCCUACGUCCUCAUUCUCUACGGCGUUGCCUUCCUUCUUUACCUCUUCGUCAACAUGCUCCUCCACAUUUACGCCACUUGGGCUUGGCCGGAAUCUACUAAGCCCGACCCCGAGAGCGGCCGCGGUCAGCUUAACGGCCACGCCCGCCGCCCGCACUCGAGAUCCGACGCCCAGCGCCUGCGCGAUGCGGAAGAGUUUGAGCUGGAGGGCUUGAUCAGCGAUGAGGAGGAUGCGGCGAAUCUGGAUGGUAGCACGGAUGCGGAGCCGGAGAGUCCGAGGCACAAAGAAGGAAGAGUUAGGGUUUAA